UUUGGCACAAUAUAAAGCAACAAAAAUUGUUAACCUAAUUUCAUUAUCUUUGGGGGAAAUCGCUGCAUCCUUAUCUUCUCUUUCUCUCUGUCCGCUGUGCUUCUUCAAAAUAAAGAGUUACACCAUUCGAGAAUAUUUUGCCUUUAGAGGAACAACAACACUCUAAAAAAAUACUUUGGAGCGGUUCGAGGGUAGAUUCAAGAUGAUAUGGUCAAAAUCUUCCGAAAAGAAGUCAUCACACCAUAGACUUCAUAAUCUAAGGCAUAGAGUUCCGGCACCUUUGAUUUCUAUAUCUAAAAAUCAAAAGAAGAGGAAAUUUGACUGGUAUAUAUAUGAUGAUAAAUUCACUAUUAAUUUUGAACUCGUUGGUAGAGAAAAAUAUGAUAGUGAAUAUACCAAAGAUCAAAGAAGAUGCUUAUCUUCUCCCCGUUCAUAUUCAACACUAGCUGAUAAAAAACAGGUCAUUUUACAAAGAACAAAAGAACUUGUUCUUCCUACUCUAGAUGACAAAGAAUAUUGUGGUAUCAAUAUGGAAGACUAUUCUCAACUAAGUGAAUCGGAAGAUUCUAUUAAUGGGUCAAGUUACCCUAUGCAUCAAGGAAGCUUGAAAAUCCAACGUAGAGAUUUAACGGGUAGUAUUAGUUGUAAUAGUAGUAGUAAUAAUUCUAUUCUUGGUUUAAAGGAUAAACCAAGAAUAGAAUUUGUGGAAACAUUAGAGGAUAAGUCAUUCGAUGAAGAUUUUACGGAUGGUAAGACAACAAGCAAAACUAUGAAAGACAUAGAACUGGUUUGCUCAGUCAACAAAUACUUACCUGCCAGGGGUAAUCAUCUUCCAAGGCCAGUUAUUCCCAUUGGACCUAUGUUUCAAGCAGAAGUCCCUAAUUGGGAAGACAAGACCGACAUAAAACAAUAUAAUGGUGAUUAUGGUUUGAAGUGGUUAGGCACCCAAAUUUGGCCUAUUCCUAUUCCUAUUAUUUCUGAAACUAAUACAAGAGAUAUACAAAAAGGUGUAUUAGAGUUACGCCCGCUUGAAGAUCUUGACAAGAUUUUACACUAAAAGACCUUGUUUAAGAAGUUACAUUAUAACAUCUUUGUCACACUCUAAAAAUCUUAGGAAAUCUUGCGGAGGGAACUUCAAUUAUCAAGUAUUUGGUAGAUAGGGAAAAACUUUCCUCUUGAAUAUGAUAGUUGGGUAAAAAUUCUGGCACCUCUCGCUUACAGUGAGAUGCAACCUAAUUUGUUAUGCAACCUAUUAGAGUGUGUUGGGAUGUUGAGUUGAGUCUUUGUGGUCUUGGUUGAUUGAUGGCCUACUUGACUUCCACUCUUUCUUUUGUAGUUGAUCCUUUUUCUUUUCAUUGGGAAGUUUGGCAAUUUGGUGGUGUCAGUUGUUGUUGUUCUUGUAGUGUUUGGGGGCACUUCAAUUUGUUUUAUUGGUGUUGUUUCUUUUUUCGUGAGUAUUUCUGGUAUUCCUUUUUUGUUUGUACUAUUCUACCUUUUUAUAUAAUAUUUUUGCUAUUCAAAAAUAAAAAUUGUAACCAACUAGGUAAGUAUUUGUACACAUGGGUCUUAUAUUAGUUUC